AUGUCUUGUUGCGCCAACGCCCCCUAUAUCGGCCCCCCCUUAGACCGGACCUGCUACGGCGGUUCCUUCAUCUUCUUCAUGCACCUCCUCAACUCCCUCAUCACCAAACAGUGCGAUGUGUCUGAAAUCUGUGAAAGAAUCAACCCGAGACCCCAACCUGACUCCGAAUACGACUUCGUGGUGAUCGGCGGUGGCGCUGGAGGCUCCGUGGUGGCGGCGAGACUAUCAGAAAUCCCCGACUGGAAAAUCCUCCUCAUCGAAGCCGGCGGCGAUGAACCCCCAGGUUCGCAAGUGCCAUCCAUGAUGAACAACUACGUGGGGGACUCCCAAAUGGAUUGGAGGUAUCGGACAGAACCGCAGGAGAUGGCCUGUCUUGGGAAACCCGGGAGGAGGUGUGAGUGGCCGCGAGGGAGGGUUUUGGGAGGAAGUGGGGUCAUUCAUGGGAUGAUGUACAUGCGGGGGCUUCCGAGCGACUACAACGAGUGGGAAGCAAGAGGGAAUGAGGGUUGGGGGUAUGAGGACGUGGUGGAGUACUUUAAAAAGUCGGAAGGGAAUAGGGAUGUUGGUGAUGGGAUUGAGAAGAAGUACCAUAAUAUUGAGGGUCCCAUGUUGGUUCAAAGGUUCCCAGAUCGGCCCGAAAUGGCCGAGGAUAUUUUAAGGGCGGGGGCGGAGUUGGGGUAUCCAGUGGUGGAGGAUUUAAACGGGGAGCAGCAUUGGGGGUUUACCAUCGCACAAGCAAAUAUUAAAAAUGGUUCAAGGUUGAGCAGUGCGAGGGCUUUUCUGCGUCCAGCCCGUGAUCGCCCAAACUUGCACAUAAUGCUCAAUUCAACAGCCACCAGAAUCAUGAUCAAGAGUAACGACACGGGAAAAUCAAUUUCAGCAGUGGAAUUUACUUCUAACAACCAGUCUUUUACCGUCAAUGUCAGACGUGAGGUUGUUGUCUCAGCUGGUGCUAUCAAUUCACCCCACCUUCUGCUACUAUCUGGAAUAGGGCCCAAAGAAGAAUUGGACAAAGUGGGGAUAGAACAGGUUCAUGAUUUGCCAGGUGUUGGACAAAACCUCAAAAACCACGUCUCGUUUGCGUUAAAUUACCAAUUGAAAAAAAUUAAAAACUAUAAUGACCUCAAUUGGGAUAGUGUUAAGGAGUAUUUGGCGGGUCGAAAAGGGCCCAUGUCUUCUACUGGAGUCACUCAAGUCGCAGCCAGGAUCAGUUCUGAGUAUGCUGAUCCUGAUGGCAGAAAUCCCGACUUGCAAUUCUUCUUUUCGGGGUAUUUGGCGCAGUGCUCGCUCUCAGGUGGAGUCAAGGAAUCGGAAGAUCCGACAAAAUCUCAAGCUGCGAAGAGUUUUACCAUUAGACCAACUUUGUUGAGACCAAGAAGCAGAGGUUUUAUCGGAUUGAAGUCCAAAGAUCCGAAGGACUCUCCUCUUAUGCAGCCAAAUUACUUGACAGAUGACGAAGACGUGAUAAGAAUGGUUGCAGGAAUUCGGAUUGCACAGGAUUUGGCAAAUACUAAUGUCCUUACUAGGAAAUAUGGCAUACAAAUGGUAGAAAACAAUUAUGGGGACUGUUCUCAAAAUUACACUUUUGACUCGGAUGAAUUCUGGGCAUGUGCCUUGAGAUAUGACACAGGUCCAGAAAACCAUCAGUCUUGUUCUUGUAAGAUGGGUCCGUCUUCGGAUCCCACAGCGGUGGUAGAUCCCAAAUUGCAAGUUCAUGGAAUCGAAGGAUUGAGAAUUAUGGAUGCGUCAGUGAUGCCUACAGUGCUCUCGGGAAAUACUCAUGCAACUGUUGUGAUGAUUGCUGAGAAAGGAUCUGAUUAUAUUAAGCAGAAAUGGUUAACGCAAUAAAAUUUUUAAAUACAA